AUGUCGGGACCCAUGUGCGACGAUUGCUUCAUUGGUGUCCGCCACGAAGGUGAACCAGAGGGCAAGAUCGACCAGAUCAGCGGCGUCGAGUGCUACGUCGGAACACCCGCCGGCGAUCACGACAAGGCGAAAGUUGUGCUCUUCCUAUCAGACGUCUUCGGGAUCCCUCUCGUCAACAACAAGCUCCUCGUCGACGACUUCGCGCGCAACGGCUACCGCGCCGUCAUGCCCGACCUCUUCCAGGGCGAGGCCCUCCCCGAGAACUUCAUGUCUCUGCCCCCCGGCUCCUUCGACCGCGAAGGCUGGGUGGGCCGCCACGGGCCGGAGAGCUGGACGUCCGCGCUCGACGGCGUCGUCGCCGCGCUCAAGGCCGAGGGCGUCACUUGGAUCGCCACGACCGGGUACUGCUUCGGCGCGCCGCCGGCGUGGCACCUCGCGCUCAAGGGGGACGCGCAGGUCACCGUCGUGUCCCACCCGUCGCGCUUGCGCAACCCUGAAGACCUCGAGGAGUACGCACAGAAGGCAAAGGCGCCGCUGCUCAUCAACAGCUGCGAGGAGGACAGUAGCUUCCCGGCCGAGGCGCAAGCGAAGGCGGACGAGAUUCUCGGGAACGGCCGGUUCGCGCCCGGCUACGAGCGCACGUACUGGCCGGGGUGCAAGCACGGCUUUGCGGUCCGCGGGGAUAUGAGCAAACCCCAGGUUAAGGCAGGAAAGGAAGGGUCGUUUGAAGCGACUGUGAAAUUCCUCAACAAGUACAAGGGCCUCCCUUGA